AUGUCUACAAGCAAACCAUUUCGGUAGGCCUAACGACAUAAAAUGAUGGUCUGUUUAGAGGAAGUAUAUACGUCAAGGGGCAUUUCGAAUUCCCGGAAUGUCGAGCUGAAUUUGCCAGAAACCCACAGUCCCAACUUACAUUCACCGUCCCGUUUGGAACAUGUGGGAUGGCCAAACGAAAGGAAAUUAAUACUUCCAUGACCUUCUCAACGGUCAUCAUUGUUAAAUUUCAUUCCCAAUUCCUUACAAAGUAUGACAAAGCUUAUGACAUUGGAUGCCAUUUCGAUCGUUCGCCGAGGAAUGUGACUUCAAGUGUGGCUGUAACAGAUCUAGAAGUGAAGCCAAUGAUGCACGAUACCGCCCCAAAUGAAUGCGAUUAUAGCCUAAGGGCGAAUACUUUAGAAGGGCCCUUAGUUCAGAAAAUAAAUCUUGGAGAGACGAUUGUUCAUCGAUGGCAAUGCAAAGAUAGUUAGUUUCUUAAGUAAAUAAAUAAUCAUGUGUUUAUUUCUAGCAGAUCAGAAGAUCCUGGUCAAGAACUGUAUUGCCAAAGGCAGUAGCGAUGAAACUCGAGUCAUCGACGAAAGAGGGUUCGUCUUUUAUUGACCGAGACUAAUCUUGUUAUUUAUAGGUGCCCUAUAUCAGAGGAUUUCACCGAGCUUACCUACAGUUCUGAGGCCAGCAUGGCAUUUGUGGCCCUCGAUGCUUUUAGGUUUCCUGACAAUGAUCUGAUAAAAUUUGAAUGCCAGCUCGAAUUUUGUUCCGCCGAUGCUUGUGUUGGUGUUACAGUAUGAAAAUACUUAUUUUUAUAUAUUGAAUUUUUGUUCAGCCUCCGAAUUGUCCGAAGAUCUACCCUUCGGAAUUCCAUCCAAACUCGAUGAUUCUCGAGAAUGAAGAUGGCCACCACGAAACCCAGAUCUACGGAGUCUUCGACCAGCCUUUCCGGACAACAACACCUUCCGUGUGGACUCCGAGGGCUCCUUCAAGUGAGUCUAAGCCAGCAUUUCCCUUACCAGAAGUACAACAAGGUCAGCCUCUUGGUUGGGAUAGGCGGAAAGAUCAACCGCUUCUAUUCACUGAAGUUAAGGCAGCCCACCAACAAACAAAUGAUGGGUACCUGGUAAGAUCGAUUAGAAAAACGUUACAGGAAAUUUCAUAGCUUUUUGCAUUCCUAUUCAAUACUCUCUCCGUUAUAGUUACAAUGCUUACAGCUAUUAAAAAAAGAGAGAAAAACAGAACCAUCAUCUCCAACACCUAAUACAAGACCAAGGAGAGAUGAGGGACGGGUACGGAAUGUCAGAUCGGAAACCAUUUUGAUUGGAAAUUAUACUCAUUGUAAGUUUGAUGAGAUAUAACAUGUACAGGGUGGUCCACUCGGGGCUUUGGACCUUAUUCCAAGUAUCUCUUCGCAAAUACUGCACCAAUUUCUAUAAAAUUUAUUUCAAAUUGAAGCUGAGACACCCUUUUUUCCACUAAAUAUGGCGGCUCUACGUUUACAGAGAGCCCCGUACUCACCGACGUUUUAACUUCAAUUUUUCCCCAGAGUCCGGUGAAAGCCCAAAACUAAAAAAAAUUCCAAAACCUAGAAACUCAAUUGAAAAUCAUUUCAAAAAUUUUUAACAACAAGGGACUUGUAGCAACUAUCCAUGGCCAAAGUUACAUGUCAAAAUUGCUCACGGAAUUUGGCCACGGAGAUCUACGGCUUCAAAUUACUUUAGGUUUAUUCCUCUGAUUUUUUCCGGCUCACACCCGGGGAACUCACAUCAAAGAGGUGGUACAUACGAACAAACCCCCAUCAUUUCUUUUUCAAAAACGGCAAUUUUGUUCAGGUACAAAUGUAGCAUGAAGGUAAAAAGUGUUCGUGUUGAUGUGUCAUAACGAAACUCGCGACCUACUCCUAGCUUGCGUUUUGCAGAAAAGACGGGACCACUAUUUGUUAUACAUUUUUGAAAAUUGAAUUUAAAAUUUUGACAAAUUUUUGACCUAAAAUCAAGUAUGUAAGGAUGGUGACAUACACAUCAAAUUGGAUGUCGUGGCGUGAAACCGCGAUUUCUUGUCUGUUAGGCCUCUAGACAAGAAAUGCGCAAUUCUUGUCUCAAAUUGCGUAACAUUGCAUUGCGCAAUAUUUCGCAAAAUUGGCGCAGUAUUUGCAGAGAGAUACUUGAAAUAAUGUUGGACCACUCCGUAUUGUACGAUUUACAGCAUUUAUGGAACCAAAUUUAAAGAGCAGUGAAGUUUGUUGGGCACGCAAAGAAGCCGUCACUUUUAUCUAUAUUGCUGCUGUGCUUGCCAUAUACGGCGUUGUGGUCACUAUUUACUUGACAUGUGAUUUCAUUCGUGGACGGUGAGAAAAUAAUUGGAUUCUGAUGGCUGAAUUCAGGCCUCUUGCAAAUAAAUCGUACUGAUUUCAGAGCUCGAUCCAGAAAGGCCCUCAUUUCGGGUUACUAG